GCAUGUUUGUUAAAAAAAAAAGAACAAAUUAUUUGCUUGACUGAGUUGAGGCUUGAAGCUUUUCUGUACAUCUAUAGUUUUUCAGAAAAAAUAGAUAUGUUGAGUGAUUGUCUAUGUGUCUAAUGUAUGCUUCAUCAGAUGGAGAACAGCUGUCCACCACAAGCUCAUCAGCUCAGAGGCAAAAGAAGACUGUCACAAGACGAAGACAUGAUGAAGAUGAUGAUGAUGACUCUGAUCGAGAGGUGCCACAUUCAGCUGCAGCAAGGUCACUUGUAAAGGGACAAUGGCAGACUGCAAGAAGACAUGAUGGAGAUGAUGAUGGCACUGAUGAGGGUGAUGGGAGUGAUAACACCAGUCAAAGCACUGAAAACACAGAUGGAGUGGUGCAUCAGGAGAUGGGUGGAAGGCCACCUGUUAUGCAAAAAGAGAGAACUCCAGAAAAGCAUGAUGAUGAUGACAGGAGCCACACUCAACUUCAGGAAGCCCAGCUGUUGACAAACCAAAGAGGAUUGCAACCACAAGACAAGAUGAUGAUGGUGAUGAUGAAGAUAGCAGGGACUCUGAGCAUGAUGAAAAGGAUCGAAAAAGGCGUGUUAGGAGACGAAGGAAAGCUGUACAUAAACGAAAGUGUCAACAAGACGAUGAUGACUGAUGGAGAGGACAGACAGACUAUUGCCACCAAAUCCCCUCAAAAGGACCGAAAAAAGACUACAAUUACACGAGAAUGCAGUGAUGUUGAUCCUCAAGAAAUGGAAGUGAAGAAACAAGGUAACAGACCCUGGAACGACCAGGAGAGGUCUGCAGUCAAACGACACCUUGGCAAAUUCAUCGCACUGAAGAAGGUUCCAGCAAAGCAGCACUGUCUGAUGUGUAUUGACAAAGAGUCUUCAGUCCUAAGAGCGCGGCGGUGGACAGACGUGAAAUAUUUUGUCUACAAUGAAAUUGUCAAAAUCAAGUAAAAGCCUACAUUCUGAGUUUAUAGACUACAACAGAGGGAGGACACUGAGAUGAGAGGCCUGUGUUUUAAAGGGUUUAUUGUCUGUUCGUGUGUUCAUUUGCUAGGAGCCCCUUUAGCCAUGCCCUACAGCACAGCAGAUUUUUUAAACAGCAAUUUGCGUUGAGGAAUUGACACCUGCAGUUUGUUACCUUUGAAGAAGAUGUCUCAGGACACACUUGGAUGUUCAGUAUUAUUGUUAUAAACUGCUGCAUUUUGAAUAGGUGCAAUAUAUUAAUAUUUACUGCACUUUGCACAACUGAAGAGGCUUGGAACUGGAGUUUUUGGUUGCCAAGACUGGAUAUUAAACAAUCCGGUGUUUACCAGUU